CAGUUAAGAAGAGCAGCUAAGUCGCCAACACUGCUAGACGUUUGACAAGCUGCUCGCCUCUCGGCUGCCGCGGUGAUGGCGCUCCCCUUCCGGAAGGACUUGGAGAAAUACAAGGAUCUCGACGAGGAUGAGAUCCUGGGGAAGUUGACGGAAGAAGAGUUGAAACAACUGGAAACCGUCCUGGAUGACCUUGAUCCAGAGAACGCACUGUUGCCGGCGGGGUUCCGGCAAAAGGAUCAGACGUUGAAAACGCCCUCCGGUCCUUUCAACAGAGAGAAACUUCUUUCGUUUUUGGAGAAACAAGCAUUGGAGGAGAGGGACGUUGAGGACAUCGUCCCGUACACAGGAGAAAAGAAAGGGAAAGUGUUUAUCCCCAAACAGAAGCCCGUCCAGUCUUACGCGGAAGAAAAGGUGACUCUUGAUCCAGAACUGGAGGAAGCGUUGACGAGCGCUACGGACACUGAACUCUGUGACCUUGCAGCUAUCCUUGGAAUGCACAACUUGAUCAGCAACUCCCAGCUGUGUGAUAUCAUAGGAAGUAGCAAUGGUGUUGCCAAUGAUGGUUACUCAAAUGUAGUCAAAGGUGAAAAGAUGGUCCCAGUCUUUGAUGAGCCACCAAAUCCCACCAAUGUAGAGGAGAGUUUGCAGAGGAUUAAAGACAAUGACCCUCGCCUUGUAGAGGUUAACCUGAACAACAUUAAGAACAUUCCUAUCCCAACGCUGAAAGAGUUUGCCAGGGCCCUGGAAAGAAAUACCUACGUGAAGAGCUUCAGUCUUGCAGCUACUCGGAGCAACGACCCCGUUGCUGUGGCUUUUGCGGACAUGCUGAGGGCCAACAAAUCACUGAGGAGCCUAAACUUCGAAUCCAAUUUCAUCACUGGGGCGGGCAUCCUGGCGCUGGUCGACGCGCUCAAAGAGAACGAAACCCUGACCGAGAUCAAAAUCGAUAACCAGAGGCAGCAGUUGGGGACACCGGUAGAAAUGGAGAUCGCCAAGAUGUUGGAGGAAAACCCCAAGAUCCUUAAAUUCGGAUAUCACUUCACACAACAGGGACCACGAACCAGAGCAGCGAAUGCAAUUACAAAAAAUAACGAUUUCGUCCAGCAUACGGGAGUAAAACUUUCUGCAAAUUCCCUUUCAUCUCUUCAUCCCUGAAGCGCCUGAAUCAGGUUAUUAGAAAUGCCCAGCUUGGAUUCUGAGCACUUUCGCAAGAGAAGAGUGGAAGGAGACCAGCAGUGAACCUUCCCGCUGCCAGAUGGGCACAGUGUGGAGAAUUCGGAGCUCUUCGAGGUGCCUCUGUUUCGCUUGAGCUCCGGCAAUCCCAAGAUUUCUUCUUACCUGGGUAGAAGGGAAAAGACUGGAAUCGCCAUUCCUGUUGUCUGUUGUUCGUGGGUGUAUUUUGUUUGUUUGUUUGUAAAGUUAUAUCGAUAUGCGUGAUAACCAAACCCUGUAACCGCCCGGCCCCCCCAUCCAUCCAAGAUCAGUUCCUGAAAACCCUUUUGUUUCGAAACUUGGGGCGUGCGCCUUCCAGAAAGGAAAUGGGCCAUUCCAAGGUGGCCUGCUAUGGCUCCCGCAUAAUCUACAGGCAGCGAUCUUGCUUUCAACCAGUCUGCUCCAACCCAGCACCCUCUGGUGAUGUUGGACUACAGCUCCAAUCAUCCCGACCAUGCUGUCUGGGGGAUGAUGGGUUAUGGUCCAAACACCUUCCCCAGGUUGGGGAAGACUGGUUGAAACCCAUCACGAGUAAGUUUUCGGAUAGGAAACCUAGAGUUGCUGUUUCAGCACCGGGAGGAGGAGGGGGGGCUUUUUAUAUUUUGAAAACAAUGUUUAAGUGGCAUGGGAGUGGGGGGCGUCUUUCAAAGGAAGACCAAAGGACUUUGACUACUUGCUUCAUUCACCUUGUUCGUAUGUCACAGGGAUGAUAAAUCAAGGCUCCUUUUGUCCUUAGCUUUUAACCCUCUUUUAGAAUGCUUCCUUGAUCAUGGAGACGAAGCUGGAAACUUCUUUCUAUUUCUUUGCUUUUUUUUUUUUUUUUUUAGAAAAGUUGAUUCCACUUUAAGGGGUGCUUCUGCUCUUUUAUCUCCUUGGAGAUGAGCUGAGCUGACUAAAACAGCGACGGGGUGCCUUAUGCCUACGGCGUUUGCAAUUUCGGGUGUUUGGUGGGCCUGUGUUUUUCUGUUAACUUGCAGAACCCGACAUUUCAGCACUUUGUCCUGGAAUGUCUGAACUGGAUAUAUUUAUAGACCUUCCCCACCCCAGUUUCAUCAGCACCGUGUUGGGUUAUGUUCCUUGGUAUUUAAAGAUGUUAGAGAGAGAGAGAGAGAGCUAUUGUUUAAAUGUCCGACUCACAGCUCCAAAGCCAUGAAGCAGCAGCCCGCAUUGUGUAGAGUUCCACUGAAGCCCAGUUUGUGCGGGUUGAAAUCCAUGGUGACCUCGUCGCAUAAUGCAGCUGUACCUUUUGACAAAGCACAGCCUAGCACGUCUUCUGGAAAUUUCACACGCUCUGCGUAGGCCUGAAUUCCGCACCCUCAGGCAGCUGAUGGGGCUUGCAGCCUGAGCGCCUUGGCCAGGCCCAUUAGCAGCGUCGCUUGCCUUAAGCCAGCCGGCUGGGUUAGAUAAGCUGCCAUUUUGAAUUUCCCACAAUGCCCUGCAUGGCAUCGCGCUAAGGCUUUCUGGGGAAAUUAAAUUGGCCUCACAUGGGGGGGGGCGCUGCUUUAUUUUCCCACAAUCCCCAAGAGUGACAAUGGGUUUGCUGGUACCUUGUGGGAAAUUUGUAAUGGUGCCUUCCCAUCCCAACCCUGCUUCCAGGUAAGCCCACUCCCAGAGCCCCCCUGCCCCAUGGCCCUUGGUCAAGGGCCUCCUCAGUCCUGGAACCAGCCCUUAUUCGGCAACAUCCUUAAAAUGCAUAGGAAAAAUUAGUCUUGAACGGUUGUGAUGCUCCUGGCAAACUGCAAAUGAAAGGUAUGGCUGAAACCAAUGGGAUGACUCCGCGAUAUACGACCUGCGAGGGGUAGAUAUAGGGCACAAUCCGUCUGGCUGGGCCUACAUGAGCCACGAUGAAGGAAAUGGAACACAAACAAUAGUGCAGUACAUGGUGGAUUGCACCCAUUUUAUUUAAGUUCAGCGUUCUGUCUUGAUGAAAAACUGGACAACGAGCUUGUUCCCAUUUCGAGCGUUAAGUCUCCCUUCAUUUACUGUAAAACGUUUUAACCGUGUUUGCACACAUGCGGGUGGUUGUUAAGCUGCGGUUGCGUAUUAACCACCAUCACCACCCUGCUGUGCUGCCUGAGUUCCCUUAUUCCCUUCACGGGGCACGGCGAGUCGUUAUGAGCGAUCCUGGGCAGGGUUAACAAGCCAUUGGAACCCAUGUUGUAGGGUUUAUUAACCAGCAAAGAGAACUAGGGAAAUGCUGUAACUAUUUAAAAUAUUAGGCUGAGUUAUUUUGGGGGAAAGGUACCCCAAAAUUACAUUGCUCCUUUUCUUCCUUUUUUUUUUUUUUUUUUGUCUUUCUACAAAAGACCCGUCAGAUUUACAGCCUGCACGAUGCUUGACAGACCCAGUUCUCCUAGAUCACAACAAUAACAACAAGAGCUGGAAGGCCACAGUAACUGGCAGGGGUGCAUAUAGGGCCCAGCGACCGCAAACUAUGAAGUCUGGUUUACAAUGUGUGUGUUUUUGUAUCCUACAGUCAGAGCUCCCAUCCUCUGCAUCCAUAUACAAGGUUAUAUCCAGUGGUUGUCAUUUUUCUGGUAGAAUGGGGAGGGGGGAUUUUCAGCCAUUCCUCCUCUUCCCUGCAGAUCCCCACCCGCACCCCCACGUCCUUCCAAAUUUGCUCUGGUGGAUCGGAGGACCUUCAGGUGCAGAUCACAAGGCUGCAGGAGGAAUGACCGAAAAUCCUUCUGUGGAGUGGCGGCCAUUGGAUGCAACCCACAUUUAGAAAGCGCUGCAAUCCUGCACUCAGGUGCACAGGUCCGAUUGGAAACCAUGACCCAUCCAUGGGCAGGAUUGCUCCCUGAGUGUCUCUCAAACAGGCGGUGCUAUGCUAACUUGGCCAAAGCGUGGGAAUUGCUUGUACUGUAUUACACCGUCUUGAAACCAGGGGUGGCAGGAUCCAUCAGGCACUGCUAUGGCAUUGCCCGGGUUCAUUUCAGUGGGGCUUGUCUGGGAGUUCGCAUGUGCCACGUUUGGAUCAACAGGGGUUACGCAAUAGCUCUCCUGGGUGGGUUGGUUCUUUCAUUUCUAUAGUGCCUAAUUGUAUCUAAAAGUUGUCAAAAACAAGUCAGUAUAUAUUCCCCUGGGUUCUGUUGGGGGACAGCUGGAGUCUACAUUGACAGCUGAGCAGGGAUUUGUUGCACUGGGCAGAUCCGAUUCUGGACUUGUUGGUGUAGCACCUACGAGCGUAACGAGUUUGGUUAAAGACAAAGGAAAGAAUUAAGAUGUAAUGCUCUUUCGUGUAGAGCAGGAGUGGGUGGAAGUUAGAUCUCUAGAUGUUUUGGACCAACUCCCAGAAGCCUCUGCCAGCACGGUCAGUCACCAGGAAUGCUGGAAGUUGGAAGUACAGAACAUCUGAAGAUCGACCUUCUGCCUGCAACUCCUGUCAGCCUUAGAUGGUGUAGCCAAUGGUGUUGAAUGAUGGGAGUUGCAGUCCAACAAUACGUGGAGGCCAUGAGUUGCUCUAGAUUUAACCAUUUGCAUUGUGGUUGGACUCCCUAAAAGCCGGUGAUCCACGUGGGUUGGUAGUUUGCUUGCAGGAAUCCAGCCAUCAUCAGCCUUGUCCAUAACUCUUAAGCAAAGCUGUUCCAUUGCUCAGCAAUGAGAGACACGGAACUCCUUCAGCCAUAAAACCAGUCCCUCUGAGACAGACAGAAGGUGAAAUGGAGACGCUUUAACCAGUGUGUGUGCGUGUGUGUACCUUUCCUUUCCAUUUUUUUUCUGUGGAAAAUGAAGGCUUCUGAGUCGGGAACUAUAAUCCAAUGCGAUUUUCUGACUUUGAAUAUUUGGAAAAUUCAAGCUUGCUAUGCUUGCAUUUAAGGGCACAUAGGUUGUAACUCUACAUAUGAGGAUGGUUCAGAAAUACAUAUAAAACUGGGCUGGUUUCCGAAGCAGUGAAGCUUUCGUGCAUUAUUAUUUUUUUACAGUCUGAUGAAUGGUUCUUCUGAGCAGAGGGAGAUUGGUUUUUGUUUCAAAAUAUGCACUUAUCCUCAUAAUUAACCUCAUAUUUUGUUGAUUGUCUUUAGGUUCCACUUUUUAAGACCUUGAAUAAAAAAAUGUUUCCGUAGUAGACUGCAAAAUAAUGUGCUUACACUUAACACUGUUUACAAAUGUUACCUUCUCUUGUUAUUUUUGAUACCAAUAAUACUGUUUGUAAGCUACAAACUAUAGCGUCUGGUCCGGCUGAAGUUUCUGUUGAAGAAACAUGAAUGGAAAAAACAUCACAACGUCAGCGCUGUAUGCUGUCGUUAUUGUAAUAAAAGUAUCCAAAUCAUA